CUCGAGUGCGUCAACGACCUUGGAGCAGGUUUGGCAGCUGUCCCAAGUUCAGCGGUGGGCCGCAACGCAUCAGUAGACGCACAAAACAAAAUGGAUCCAGAAGAGACGGCUCACGUCGCCGCGGAGGCUUCCAUGGAAUGGGAAACGCAGGCGUAUACACUGGCGGCCGCGGUUACCGUCAUUUUCCUCAUUCUACACUGGUCCAAAAGGGACAUCGCUCCACCAGGCUUCAAACUGCCGCCGGGCCCCAGGGGCCUUCCCUUAGUGGGGCACGUGCCCUUCGUCACCAUGGAGUUCAGCCACAACCAGUUCCGAAAAUGGUCCACGACAUAUGGAGCAGUAAUCAAAAUCAAGAUAGGUGCUACGUACGUUGUGGUGCUCAACGACUUUGAUUCCAUCAAGGAAGUCCUGUGCAAAAAUGAGGUUCUUAAUCGCAGCGAGAACGUGAUCUUUAACGUACUUGGGAUGACUGGUGUAGGAACCCUGAACGGAAAACUUUGGCAAGACAACCGUCGCUUCUGCCUGCACGUGCUACGGGACCUUGGAUUUGGAAGAAAGUCGAUGGAGGAGCACAUCAAGGAGGAGUCUUCGUACUUGACUGAAAAGAUCGCAGAGAGCAAAGGCUCUCUAAUUUCAAUACAAGAGUACCUCGUUCCCAGCAUGUCCAACAACAUUUCCGCUCUGGUGUUCGGAAGCCGAUACCUCUUCGACGACCCCAAGCGCAAAUUUCUGGACGCGCAGUUGAGCAGUGCUCUUCGUGCACUAAGCUCCAGCAUGAUUGUAACUUUUUUGCCUGGUUGGCUCAACACACUCGCACUACGGAUCCCAUUCCUCGCAGUCAGCUCCUUCAAGAACAUCUUCCGUGAGCUCAGUGAUUUUGUAAGCAAAGAGGUGAAGGAGCAUGAAGAGACCCUCGACGAGCACAGCAAUCGCGACUUCAUAGACGGAUACAUCAAGAAAAUCAAAGAGCACGAAAAUGACCCAGAUUCCAGCUUUCAAAAACGCUUCCUCUUCGGGAACGUCCUCAACUUCUUCGGCGCCGGCUCCAACACGGUGAUGGUGACCAUCAUGUGGCACCUGCUGACCUACGCAAAGUACCCGGACACGGUGCAGGCCAAGAUUCAACGCGAGAUCGACGAGGUAGUGGGCAGGGAACGCCAGCCCAAGUGGGAGGAUCGCAACAAGAUGCCCUUCACCAUGGCAGCCAUCUGGGAGAUGUACCGCUGGAGAACCAUAGCUCCGCUAGGAAUCCCCAGAGCUGCAUCGGAAGACGUCUUCUAUGGAGAGUACUUCAUUCCAAAGGGAAGCAUGGUGUUGGCCAACCUGUGGACAGUUCACAUGGACCCCAAGCUAUGGAAGGACCCGCAGACCUUUGACCCUUCCCGAUUCUUAACGAAAGACGGCACGGAGUUGGGGCCAAAACCAGAAUCCCUGAUGCCCUUUUCAGUCGGCAAAAGAAUGUGCCCGGGCGAGACGUUGGCUACAGUCGAAGUCUUCCUCAACAUCACUACGCUGCUGCAAAAGUACAGCGUGCUCCCUGAGGAAGGACAAGUAGUCGACCUUGCAACCAAAGGUGCAGGAGUCAUCGUUCCCGAGACGCAGAAACUUCGCUUUAUUCCACGCUAAGCACUGCGUGUUUACAGCCAAGCGAGUCUUCUGGGUGCCGCACCAAGGACGUACAAGGAAAAAAAACCAACAUCGUGCUGCGGUGUUUCUUUUGUUUUUUUUUUUGUUUGUUUCUUUUU